GUGUCCGUGUGCAGCACGCGCUGAGCGUCAAUGACUGCUGUUUUUGUCCUCAUAUUACUGUUUACGUCAGGCAGUGUGGGGGGAGUUUUCCACUGACGAACACACACAGCUCAACAACAGCUGAUCUCACUGUACUAUACGUGCAAAGAGAGCUAAGAAAGAGGACGUGAGUGCUAUCUUGAUAACUUUUCAAGCAUCAUUUAGUCGUCUCUUCCACCCAUGAUACACGGAUACACAACCACUGGAUCGCCAUGGCUACAUCGCAGCGUGGGGGUUUAAAGAGGAAAUAUUGUUUCCCAGAUGAGGAUGCCAUUUACUCUUCCUCAUCCCCCUCAUCACACUCUGAAUGGGACACUGAUGAAGAGAACCCCCAAAGUGAUAGUGUGAACUUUGGGCCUGUUGGUUCUUUCUCUUCAAGUCGUCACAUGCCAAUUUCAUCCAUCCUGAAGAAGACAAAAGAUACUCAAUCCAAAGGCAGUGUUCGGUUUGGCCUGGUUACAGUGUUCCUUUUCCAGCGCUGUCAAGGUUUCAGCAGUGUGCCCAGUCACGGUGGCUGCACACUGGGCAUGGUUAGACGGCACGCUGCCCGCCAGCAGUUCACCCUGGCGAAGCACGCGGAGGAGCAGCAGCGCUUGCAAAUGGAGAGGCUCCAUGAGCAACACCAAGAGGAGAGGCUGGAGGCAAUGAGACAGAAGCUGAUUAUCAGUGGGACUCUCACAGUGACAGAAGCAGCCAGGCUGACAGUGAACGACGUCCCAGAUGAGGAUGCCGAUCUCAGUAGCACAAAGCUGAAAGACAUGGGAUCCCUCCGUCCCUACUCUUCCAAACGGAGACGUGCAUUAUUGAGAGCAGCAGGGGUGGUGCGAAUCGACCGGGAGGAGAAGAGGCAGCUGAAGGAUCUGCGGCGGUGGAGGGAAGACUGUGGAUGCCACUGCCAGGGCUUCUGUGACCCGGAGACCUGUGCCUGCAGCCAGGCUGGCAUCAAGUGCCAAAUGGAUCGCUCCAACUUUCCUUGUGGAUGUUCAAAGGAAUGUUGUGGGAAUCCCGCAGGCCGAAUCGAGUUCAACUCCAGCCGUGUACGGAGCCACUACAUCCACACACACAUGAAGCUGGAGCUGGAAAAGAGGCUGCACGAUGACAACAGACUAACUGCCACUGAGCAACAAUCAGCGGAGAGGAACAGAGCUAUUACAUUUCCUGUAGAAAACGGCUCUCCCUCAUUUCUCCUGAGCUCAGAGCUCUGCAGGCAGGGGGACAACAGCUGGAGCAGUGACAUGACUGACACCUCCUGCUCUUCUUCUCUGAGUCUGGACUCUGAGACGGAUGGAAGGCCUUCCUCAGAGCGACCCACACUGGACGUGGACGGCAGAGGACUCACUCACAUACUCAGUUUUUCUGAUUCUGAUGGAGAAGGAUGUCCAUACAUUAAAGAGUAUGAUCUGUCCACAAAAGCCUCUGGUGGCACAUCCACAAAGGAAAGCAACACCAGUACAUCUAAAUUGAAGUAUCUGGAUGAAAAUGCUAAUCAGGCCACCAUGGAAUGUGUCAACGAUCCAUUUGACAUCCCUAAUACACCUUCUGCAUCUCCAGAUCACACUAUGAACUGUUACAUGGACCUCAGUCUGUCCUCAGGCUCUGACCUGGUCUUUUUUGACACUUUCCAUGAGUACGGUCUAAGCCGCAAUCAUUUUAAAGUGUGCAGUCAUCUGGACUACAUGUCACAGCUCCAGUUCCCCUGCUGUCCCAGUCCCACUCUAACUGAGGACUCAGGAGUCAGUCUUCUGGAGUCUCUUGUAGGAAUUUCUUAAUGGGGAUCAGAGUGGCUCAGUAUUUUUACUGAUGUUUUUAAAGACAAAUGAGCAUUGUUCAUUUGCAGUUGUACAGUAUCAUUAAAUCUCAUUUACUAUGAGAAAAAUGGUAAAUAACUUUGAAAUUUAAGGAUAUUCCUUAGAAUUAUAUUUAAGGAUAUCAAUGUAGUCUGUAACCAUUCACGAUCACAGUGUAAAUACAGUUAAAAACCACUCAGUGAAAAUCUGGGGAAAGUAUCAUGAUGAGUAAUAUGUCAACAUUUUUGCCAAAGGUCUUGGAGAGUUUGUACAGUGGUUUCAGGUAAGAUUUUAUGUUUAUACUUUGUAAACUAAAGGCUUCAUUACCUUUUUAUAAGUUAUCAAACUAAUCCUAUUGCAGUAAAUAAAGUUUUACUGUUAAAUGUUUAUUUAUAAAAGCCAUUCAUAUUUAUUUCUUAGUUGUGUUUAGCUUUAAUGAUCAUGUAUGUGAAUCAAAGUUUUAUUUUUGUGUAGCACAGUGUAUUUGUUACAGUGUUUCAAAUGAGUUAGCUGAUAUAAAUGUCAAAAUGCCAUUUUCAUAUUUCAUGAUCGUCUUUUCAAGGGCCAGCAUGACUUUUCAUUUAAAAGGAAAUGUUUUUCAUUUAAGGAAUGACUUGUAAUAUAUAAAGAAAUUCAGGCUACAUUUGCUUUGUGAAUAUUUCAUUCAUCAAUGGUAUACCGGCUCUGUAUUUACUUCAGUGAAUGUUUUUGGACAUUUCAAAAUGUGUCCAGUUUUUUUUUUUUUUUUUGGAAUA